AUGAUAAACAGCCAGGACAGCAGUAUUUUGCCUUUGAAUACCUGCCCCCUUCCAGGGCCUCUGUGUCCGUCCUGAUGCCCUCAUCCACUAUCGAAGGUCCUGGGUGGGCAAGGGGGCGGCAGGGGUCCUUCUUUCUCAGCUGUAAUAUAUAAGAAUGAGAAGCUCCCUGUUAACCAGGACCUCCGUCUAAACGAUGGGAGACCUCCCAUCAUCCACUUCCAAUAUGAUGUCACUGAGGUGACGGUCUCUUCCUGGCAUGCAGUUCUGUCCAACCAAAGCCUGUUUGUAGAAAUGCCAGAUGGAUCAUUAGCUGAUGGGAGCAAAGAAGGAUUGCUAGUGCUGCUUAAGUUUGCUAAUGCACUGAUUGUACCUCGAGGCCAUUCCCGUGUCCCUUCUCAGCCAGAUGUGAUGUUCAUGGUUUACCCCCUGCACCAGAACUUGCCUGAUGAGGACUAA